UUCGCGACACUGUGCUAUUCGAAUCACAUCAAGUAGCCCAGGCAUUGACCUAGUAUCCUGUAAUACACUAAUUGGUCCGUAAUGCUGCAAAGAGGAAACGGGAAGGAAGCUUCUCAAGGAUCACUGCUUGAUACGUCGCUUUCCUAUCUUAUUCACCUUGAACAGCGAUGGGUUGUCUUGCCAGCAUUAUACUGCUUUGGGAUGGCAUGAGAGAAUGGCUGGUAAAAGAUAAGACCAGACUUCCAGACUAUAUGACUAUAGACUUAAUUGGCGUGGAGAGAGGCCCCGACGACCUCGUGGUUACUUGCCUUCGUGGCAGGUUUAGGGACCGUCUUCUCUGGAGCAACUUCAAGGCAAUUGGGCAACCGGCAAUAGUUGCAGUUGCUCGUGCUGGUUGGCACAUCCAGAGCUUGGAUGAUAUCGCCAACUCAAUCAGGGAAGGGAGGUUCGACGAGCUAGAGCUGGAAAGAGCCCGUGAAAAUGCAAAGAAAAAUCUUACAUGGAUUAACCGAUCGUUGUCUGGACCACCGAGUCAGUUUGAUUAAAUCAGUCAUGUAUUGGAGAAGCCAAUAGGCGCGAUGUCCAGGACGAUAUAUGCGUGUAUUGACGUAAAACGGUAUUCCGGUAGUGCAUGAGCCGUCGUGCACAGCAACAGGGCAAUGCGUCUCA